CCAAGCGCAGAGCGCAGCAGCUCAGAACACACAGCAAAGCGCACACAGCCACACUUGCAGCCAUGAAGAUGUUGAAUGGGGCGCUGGCGUCCGCCAUCUUCUAUGGCGUGUCGUCACUCGCCAUCAUGGGCGUGAACAAGAUGGUCCUCACAGGAUACGCAUUCCCUUCUGCGUCAGUGGUCGCGUUGUGUCAGAUGGUGCUGACGAUCCUGAUCCUGCCGCUGGCAAAGCAGUUAAAAAUCAUCGAGUACCCAGACAUCUCUUCAAACAUCGUGCGCAAGGUGUUCCCGCUGCCGCUCCUUUUCCUGGCCAACCUGGUGACGGGCCUUGGUGGCACCAAGCGCAUCAACCUUCCCAUGUUCACCCUCCUUCGCCGGUCACUGCGCGCCAUCAACGUUGCCUGGAUAGCAUUUGUCGUCGGUUCGUGA